AUGAUGAACACAGACAUGGCGGUGGAGCAAGAGCGCAAGCUCAACACCUUGAUAUGGCUCAUGUUUAUCUUGUGUGUCUUACUGUUGGUUGCCAACUUGUUGAAGGCGUUCCAUCUUUGCACGGCGCCUUCGGUUAUGGUACGUUUUUGUUUAUAUUAGACUUGAUAGCUAUGGGUUUUUGCUUAUAUUGGACUUGACGUCUAUAGAUUGUUGUGCGUAUUAGGCUUGAUAUCCAUGGUUUUUGUUCAUAUUAUUAUCCUUGUUAUCUAUAGCUUUAGCUUUUUUAGGAUUUGUACGGGUUUCAAAAGUUUUGUCGUCAAUUUACACAGUUUUUCACGGUCAAAAACGACAUUUCUUUUUUUGAGCUUUUGUAAGAGAGAUAUAGAAGAAUUUUAGACUUUACAUGUAUACAUAUAGUGUUAUAUGUAUUUUUUGGAUAGUAUAGAGAUAUCUAGCCAUUUUUAGGGUAAAAGGCGUUCGAGUUCAAAGAGCAGGAAGAAGGUACGCGCCAGGAAGCACAGAAAAGGCAAAACUUCGAAAGGAAAAUCGAAAUCUGGCAAGUCGGUAGGUUUUUAGGUGUCAAUGAUUGGUAAUUUGAAGUUUUUAAAUUUGCUGAGAAGAGUAGUUUGAAUAUUACCUACACCCACAUUUUUUAGAGCAAAAAGUCAAAAUCGACCAGUUCAACCAAGUCUUCGACCAAGAGCAAGAGCUCCAAAUCAAAGUCCAAGAGCUCCAAGUCAGACAAGGGCUCACGAUCGAAGAAGCGAAGCAAGAGCAAGGAACAGUUAGAUUUGGAACGCCUUCCAGCCACAACUCCGCCCUACUACAAGAAACAAAAGGACAAGUACGAUGAAUUGGCCAAUCUUCCCGCCACAACUCCACCGUACAAGAAGCCAGCCGAUGAGUCGGACAGUGCGGACGAGCUGGCCAAGCUUCCUGCCACUACUCCACCAUAUCAGAAGCCGGCUGUGGAGAGGGACGAAGCGGCCGAACAGAGGGAGCGUUUGGCUAAGCUACCGGCCACUACUCCACCGUAUCAGGUACUGGACGAAGCAGCUCAACAGAGGGAGCGUUUGGCCAAGCUACCAGUCACAACUCCGCCAUAUCAAGUGGACGAAACUGCUCAACAGCGGGAGCGUUUAGCGAAGCUUCCUGUGACAACUCCACCCUAUCAGGUAUUGGAUGAAGCGACUGAAAGAAACAAUCGUCUGGCCAAGCUUCCUGUGACGACUCCACCGUAUCAAGUGGACGAAGCAGCUCGACAACGAGCUCGUUUGGCCAAGCUACCAGUGACCACUCCACCGUAUCAAGUGGACGAAGCGGCAUUACAGAGAGCUCGCUUGGCGAAGCUUCUUGUGACGACCCCACCGUAUCUAGUGGACGAAGCAGCUCUACAACGAGCUCGUUUAGCCAAGCUUCCUGUAACUACCCCACCAUACCAGGUACUGGACGAAGCGGCUCAACAGAGGGAGCGUUUGGCCAAGUUACCAGUCACUACGCCGCCGUAUCAAGUGGACGAAGCGGCUCUACAGAGAGCUCGUUUGGCUAAGCUACCAACCAAAACUCCACCGUAUCUGCCAGCGGCCGAAAAGGAGGAAAAGUCAUCAGAAAGCAAUGAAUCCAAGCCCAAAAAGGACAGUUCAGCCGAGACAAAGUCCAGUAAGACCGACUUGUCCAGCCUUUCCACCACAACACCGCCCCAGCAGAAGGGAUCGUCAGAUGAAAAGACGAGCGGAAGCAAGGGAUCGAAGCCCAAAAAGAAGAAGAAGAAGAAGUGCAGCAAGUGGGAUCAACGUCAACAGAAGAGGGAAAAGAAUCGCCUGAAGGCGGAAAGGAAGAAGGCGGCUUUGGCUAAACUCUCGGCCAAAACUCCACCUCAGCCAGUGGAACCGAAGUCGAACGAGGAGAAGUCGUCUGAAGGCAAAGAUGACAAGCAUGUCAAGAUUGUGGCUAAAGGUAGGGGUUUUGAUUUUUUUUUGGUUUUUGCGUACUUUAUAGUACUACUUUGCUAUUUUUAGUAUUGUACUGAUAUUUUUUGAUACUGGUUUAAUGGGAAUUGGUAGUACUAUUGAUAGUACUGUUAUGACAAUUUUGGUUUUUUUCGAAGUUUUAUGGCACUGCUGUGUCAUUUUUAGUACUGAUUUGAUAUUUUUUGGUUCUGGUUAGACAGGACAUAGUAGUACUAUUUAUGGUACUGUACUGAUUUUUUGGUACAAUUUGUGCUAUUUGGGUACUUUAUUGUUACUUUAUGUUACUGUCUUGGCCUUUUAUGGUACUGCAGUACUCUCUUUAUAUAAGCAACCCGAAGGGACCGACAUUUUGUGUUUACUAUAAGGGGUGUUGUCUUUACAGAGAUAUUUUUGAGAGCAAAUUCACUUGGCGGGGCCAAAUUCCUUGUUUACUGUAAGGAGCUUUAAGUAUUUUACAGGGGCUUCGUGAUACUUUUUUGGUACUGCUUUUGCUUUUUGAGUACUUUACCAGUACUUUAUGAUGCUGCUUUGGCGUUUUUUAAAAUAUUUUUGCUUUUUGAGUACCGUACUUAUCUUUUAUGGUACUUUUUUUACGUUUUUUGGUACAAUUUUGGUCUUCUGAGUACUGUACUGUUUCUUUAUGGUACUGUUUUGGCAUUUUUUUUAGUACAAUUUUUAAAAUUUUUUAACAUUUGAUUUUUUAAAAUUUUUAAUUGUAUUUUUUGAAAAAUUUUAAUUGAAAAAAUGAAAAAUGUUACCAUUUUUCAGAUCACAGCGCACCAACCACUGAGAAAUACAAUGCUGUUUCGGCGAAAUGGCCAAUGAAUAUGGAUAACAGCAAGCCGGACCCAUUUGCUCAGUCACCGCACAACAGUUCUCGUGAAGUUGGUAAGGGUUUUUUGAUUAAAUAUGAGGAUUUUUGUUAUUUUUCGAUUUGAAAAUUGAUUUUUUUUGGUUUGUAGCUACUUUUGGACCUUUAAAAAAAGUGUGUGUAUUUUUUUUGUUUUUUCUAGAUUUUUUAAACUUAAAACACACUUUAAACCCACUUAAUUCCAGCCAAGAAAGCGGAAUUCAAUAGUGUUGCGAACAGCAUGGCGGACGCGGCCUCAGCACCAGAACCCGCGGCUUCACCAAGCUCGGCACAACAAAAACCGGCCUCAGUUCAACAACUACUCGCUCCAGUACCAAAAUCACCGGCACAAACAACGGCCGUACUUAGAUCUCCCGAGCACAAGGUACCAAAUGAUCCAGCUCCAUCGGGUUCAGGCCAGCCUCGUUCUCAAUCGGAAUCCGGCCCUAAAAAGUCUGUCCCAGCCCUGGAGCUUCAGGAAUACGACCUUCGCACUGGCCGCCCUGCUUCACCGGCUAAUUUGCCAAGAUAA